AAGACGCUUCCAGCGAGCAGCAGUGCGCAUGCGUGAACAGGACGUCUUCCAUUUCUGUUUGUUUCAGCUCAACUUUAGUUUACAUUCUACUAAAAGUGGGUUGAAAUUACAGGUUUUUUAUCGUAUCAUCAUGAGUACGUUAUGGAUGGGCAACCUGGAGACCUACAUGGACGAGAAGUUCAUUACCAGAGCCUUUUCCACCAUGGGGGAGCAGGUGGUGAAUGUUCGCAUCAUCCGGAACAAGAUGACUGGGGGUGCUCUGGGCUACUGUUUUGUGGAGAUGACGGAUGAGGCCACAGCUGAAAGGUGCCUUCGUAAAAUCAAUGGAAAAUCUUUACCAGGAGCCAGUCCGCCAACAAGAUUUAAGUUGAACCGAGCCACAUUUGGGAAGCAGGAAGCUGGUCAGAUGUUCUCGCUGUUUGUGGGGGAUCUAACACCAGAGGUGGACGACGGGAUGCUUUAUGAGUUCUUUUAUAACCGCUACCCGUCCUGCAGAGGUGGGAAGGUUGUGCUUGACAGCAUGGGCAACUCCAAGGGUUGUGGUUUUGUUCAGUUCCCGGAUGAGCGGCUCCAGAAACGAGCGUUGGAUGAGUGUCAGGGUGCCGUCGGACUGGGGAGUAAACCUCUGAGGUUGAGCUUAGCUGCUAACAAUUUGAGGAACAAGCCGCCGCAGCAGUCGGAGAACAAACAGUCCUGGCAGUCCAGUUCUGAUUACAAAUACGGCUAUGACCAGUAUAACCAGUACCAGAACCAGGCCUAUCCUGGGUACUACUCAUCCUGGGGCUACGAUCAGACAGCAGGAAUGUACGGCUACACUUACCCACAGUAUGACUACAGUCAGUAUCCCCCUCCACAGGAAGGUGAAGCUGUUCCAGAGGAGGAAGAGGUGGAAGAUCCUGGUCUGGAGGUGGAUGUUCUGGAAACCAACAGGAAGUUCAUGGAACACAGCGAGGAGCUGUAUGAUGCUUUGAUGGAGAGUCGCUGGCAGCCCCCGGAGAUCUCAGCGCAGCAGGAUUACCUCCCCUCCCUCCUGCCGGAGCCCAUCUACACCUGAAACUCGCCUGUAGUUACGGAGACUCGAUGGAAUAACCUGCUGGGUUUUUUUUCAGGUCUGUGACCUGGUUCAAAUCUCAAAGAUUAGAAACAAUUCACAAUAAUUUCAUUCAGCGCCUGAAGCAUUUACUGGUAACAACCAGCUCAAGCAGCUGGCGACGGGUUCUGUCUGGGACAGAACUUUUCUUCUUCUGUCCCGACCUCCUGUUUUUUUAGGAUCUGAUUUUCAGGUCUGCAAUGUUGCCUCCAGCCACCAGAUGGUACCAAAGUUCUGUAGAGCACAGGAGGAGUUUGGGCUCACUUUGAGUAGAAAUCAUAAGGUUACAUUUAAAACAUUUGGCUCUAGAUCCGUUUAUUUCUCUACAAUCUGGGUUCAUAAUAUUACUCCUCAUUCAAAAUACGGUCAAGAGAAGAAAGGUGCAUACAUGAUAGUUGGAAGAGUUCCUGCUAUUCUCCUCCUGGUUUGUAGAAUUGUUGCUUCUGUAAUCUGUUUUUGUUUUUUUACUUUACUGUUAAUUCUUCAAAUAAAGGUUUUUCUGCUGUGUUA